UAAUUUCAUCUUUGCGGAGCUAGAGCAGGAGAAAUCGUCAAAUUAGCUUUAAACUGAAAUCACCAAUACCCUUUGCAACUGCAUAUUCGAAGUCCUCAUCUUCAUCUGCUCCUUCACAAUUCAUAUCGUUGAACGCAUACGGUGUGUUUUUUUGAGGUUUGCCUCUCUCACGAAAGCAAAGCAACGAUGGCGAAUCCCGUGGCUGAUUCUCGCAGCAAUAGAGCAGCAGUUCAAGCCACGAACGACGACGCUUCAGCCAGUAAAUUAUCCUGUGUUAAGAAGGGAUACAUGCAAGACGAUUAUAUCCAUUUGUUUGUAAGGCGACCUGUGAGGAGAUCUCCAAUUAUCAACCGCGGCUACUUUGCACGUUGGGCUGCUCUUCGGAAACUUCUAUAUCAGUUUCUUGAUUGUGAAAUGAAUGCUAAUGACGGCGGCCACACCAAGAAGCAAAUAUUGUCGAUUGGAGCAGGCUUUGAUACAACUUACUUUCAGUUACAGGAUGAGGGAAAGGCGCCUUUUCUAUACGUGGAGCUGGAUUUCAAGGAGGUAACUAGUAAAAAGGCAGCAAUUAUUGAAUCCUACAGUCAGUUGAGGGGCAAAGUUGGGCCUACAGCAUCAAUCUCACGAGAAAAAGGAGAAGUGCUCAGUGACCAGUACAAGCUACUACCAGUUGACUUGCGUGAUAUAGAAGAACUGGAUGGCAUCAUUGCACUGGCUAAUAUGGAUCCCAGCUUGCCAACGUUUAUAAUAGCAGAGUGCGUUUUAAUAUACUUGGAUCCAGAUUCAACCUGUGCUUUAGUUGGUUGGGCAGCAAAGAAAUUUUCAACAGCUGCUUUUUUCUUAUACGAGCAGAUCCUCCCUGAAGAUGCUUUUGGGCAGCAAAUGAUAAAGAAUUUGGAGAGUCGUGGCUGUGCACUAUUGGGGAUUUAUGCUACACCAACUUUGCUUGCAAAGGAAAAACUUUUUCUUGAUCAGGGAUGGCAGAGGGCUGUUGCUUGGGACAUGCUGAGAGUUUAUAGUGAUUUUAUUGAAGCUCAAGAAAGGCACAGGAUUGAACGACUGGAAUUAUUUGACGAGUUUGAAGAGUGGCACAUGAUGCAGGAGCACUACUGUGUGACUUACGCGAUAAAUGAUGCCAUGCGUCUCUUUGGGAAUUUCGGUUUUCACACCCACCAGCAGCACGUGAUCAACACCUCCUCAGCAACAUCUCAAUGAAAGCCCGAGGCUGCACCAGACCAGGGUGUGGCUGAUCUGACCGAGUUCGGUUAAACAAAUGGUAUCAGAGCAGCACCUAUGACUGGCACGUGCAGUUAACAGGGUUAAGCCGUUGUCAGGUAAAAAAGGUCUCUUAAGCUAGUAGUUAGUCUUUAACUAAAAGUCUCCAUAAGGAUUGAUGACUUGGGUUGAAUGGAUGGAUUCCUCUGUGCGUCGUUUGUCUGACUCUAGAAGACGGAUACAAUUUUUUUUUUUUUUUUUUUUGCUAGCUGUUUGGCAAAAGAAAUCGUUGUGGGACCAUGUAGCACCGGAUCGUGUCAUAAAAUGGCUUAGGGGGGAGGGGGGGCGCGGGGCCCAUAUCAUGUGGAAAUAUACGGGCAUCGUUGGUUGCUUUUAAUGUAUUCACCUUGUAAUUUAUCUUUCCUUUACACUGUUUGGAAGGAAGGAAAAUAAGAAAAAUAAUUAUAAGAAAAUGGUAUUUUUUUCA